CGUAGCCUGGCGUUCGUGAAAUGCCACCUACUAGUUUCCGCCUCUACCAUCUUAUUUUUUUGAUUCUCCAAUGGCUGCAAAAUUUGCUCGGCCGUCUAGGAAGUCAGGGUCAGGGCAAGGCUAGCAUGACCCUGCAUGCGCAAUUGCAGCUCGCAUUUCGUCGCACACACACCUGCAUAUACACAUACGCACACACAACACACAACCCAAUUCCAGUCCUGGCUACUUCUGUUCAUAUAUAUACUCUUUGCACGCCAACGCCUAUGCGCUGCCAUGCGCGCGCUCCAGGUUUGUGUGCUCGCAGGACGGGUUCGGUCUCGCACCAGGACCAUGCUCCUAUUUGGUUUAUUGGCUCCGACGUCAUGAACAUGGACUACCAUGUCUCCCGCUCUCUGCAUCAUCUGAAUGAUCUCCAGGGUCUAUCUAUUCUCGACAUGCCUAUACACCUGUCAUGGGCUGAAAAACAGGUUCCGCAAAAUUUGUCCAUCUUCAUUUCUCACGAUCCACCUGUCGUUGGUGUCAUCGUCAUCUUGGAGAAAACAAGUCUUGCCAAGCAUGCUCGGAGUGAGCGGCUUUUCGUGCUGGCCCGAAAAGGCUGGCGCUCAAAUGAGCCUCGCAGCCAAACCUAUACGCACUGUUCCGUCUGGCGCUGGCAAUACGAUCUGUGGAGCAGAAUGCCCGCAACGGCGUCCCUUGUAGCUUCCAUUGCCUCCAUGGAUCUGCGCCAGCAAAAUCUACGUAGCGUCAGUGUUUUUUUUUCUGCUAUGACCAGCGGUGAAGAGAGCAGAAAAAAUUGUGCGCGGCAAAUACCAAGACUAUUCAUCUAAUUGCGAAUGAGGCUGCCAAGCAGUAUGUCGCUGCGGGACAGGCUAUAGACACCUUCAGGACUUACCGUGUCCUUUUGCAAAGCUCAGACAUACGCAUUCGCAUGCGAGUACAUAGUACUUAUUGGUGCUGCACCGCCACUGUGCUUCUCCACAUGUCGCAAAUCCCUCCGCGGCAACUGUUUGGUCUACAUCUGCCGACCUCCCGUCCACCUGCAUCUCAAAUCUUCCGCUGAUGCCCAUCAAUAUUGCGCAUCUGUACCUGAGCAGUCUAUGUACGUAUAUACGUAUACAAAUGUUAUGACCUUUACGAUGUACAUUCGCCAACCCUCGCUCAGGGGCGAAACGUCGCCCCUCCUGAAUAACCGACCAAGGAACGAGACGUUGGCAUGUAGACGGCCCUGUCGGCGAAAGCUGGUAAUACCUGACGUA